AUGCCGCGAACCAACUGUACCAGAAGAAAGAAGACAAUGGUGAAAGAGGCGGAGGAUCCUAGGACAACGGCUCCAAUAGCGGAUGACCUUUUAAAUCCACUGCCUUGUGGAACACGGACCUUUGACCCAAAGGCUAGGAAAGAUUCCCAAGAAGACCUUAAAUGGUCAACGGGUGACAAUAUCCAGGAAGCACGCAACAGUGGAGGGAUGUUGCGGAAAAUCUGGCGUACCCUCCUGAAAUAUCAGACUUGGCACUUUAAAUACUGGAUCGCUCCAUGGAAAUCGUCGACCUGCUGGAAAGGCGAAGGGUUGACAUCUGUUUUCUGCAGGAAACAAGAUGGAAAUCAAAUGGUGUCUCUCUCAUUGGGAGUUACAUGUUGUUCUGUAGUGGCCAAAAGACAAACCAAAAUGGAGUGGGAAUCUUUAUACGGGAACCACUGGCACAAAAUUUACUGGAGACAGAACAGUCCACAAUGUGCCAUUCAUAUCAACAACCGUGAACCACCACCACAAUGUCGCUACGAGUAUGAGUCGGCUCCUAAAGAUGAGAUACCUGUGAACGGUGACCAUGUGACCAUUCGUCAUAAGACUAAUGUCACGGUGUAG